GAGCAACAGGUGUGAAUGUGAAGCUCCGCCCACCAGCGAUUUGGCAGUAAUCACCAGAGAAAGUAGCUGUUAGCUACUGAAUAGCAUCUCAUCUCUCAAAACUCCCAAAACAUCUCUGAAUAAAAGGUUACGGAGCCACAUCACACACAAAGUCACACAGACCACUCUUCCGCUGUUUGCGCGCUGCUGUCACUUCUACUUGCCGAGACGCAGCCUCCUCCGAGGAAAAUGACAAAAAUGGCUCAUCCUCUUCCUUAAGAUCAGCGGAGGAGGCCCCCCUAAGACCCGUCCGUCUCUCAGUCGCAGACUUGUUCCACACCAGUGUGCAUCCAGGGCAUGAAGAUGUGCUUUUUAGUGAAUAAUGGAUGACGUCUUGCCCUCUGCCACCUCCCCGCGACUCCGCUAUCAUGCAGUGUUUACCCCAAGACUGAUGGCGCGAGGACACAUCAAAAGCACUUUUGGAGUCGGCUUCACUUAGACGAUGGAAAUCCCCGUCCGGGUAUUGAUUGCGCUGCUUUCACUACAGCAGCUUUUCCCGCCAUGGAGACGGGACAACCGGGUGUCACUUUGCCAGUGUUGAGGACGGCGGCCGGGAUGCGCGGGGACGCGGCGCUGGGUUGAGCCAGCUGUCCGCCCCCCCUUCCCUUACAAGUCUCCAGGAACAACCGCCGCCGCAUCGUUUUUUUUUUUUCCAACCCCUCCUCUCAUCUUCAUCUCCCAUUCUGCUGCUUGCGACACUGUGGGAAUGCGGCGGAUGUGAGACGCUCGUAAAGGUGUCGACCGAUUCCUGGUGCCAGGAACGGAUCUAUUCGGAGAGGAGAGCUGUGGGCUGCGGGCGGUCGGACAGCCGCCCCCUGGGAACGCUCGCCCCGGGAAAGCAAAAGUGUAGCCGCCGAAUCGGCUUCGUAAGUGAGACUUCACCUCCGUAACGGAUUAGGGGCAAACGGGGGACGCCAACUUGAACUCGGAUGCGACAAGGGAACGCCACUUUUGUCUUCUUUUCAAGCAACCCAGAGUGGAAAUGGACCCCAACACGCACUUGGAAUUACAGCGCCGAUCUUCACCGACGGAUCAAUAACCGACGUUUUUAGCUUUGAAACAUCUUGGGAUUUAUCACCGCUUUGUCCGAGUCGUCUGUUUCCAUCUUUUUCUCCUUUCUUUCAUCUGUCCGUCUCACCUGUGCUUAACCUGUGUGCUUGUGUGUGUUCCUUGCGCAUAUGUGUGUGUUUUUGCCCUCGUCCGCCAGAGGGAGUGUGAUGCUCGUGUCUGCAUGCGAGUGCUGUGCCAGCGUUUAAUUACUUGUUUCAUGAUUGUGUGUGAGUGUUCCAUGUGUUAGAGUAGUGUUUAAAGGUGUGUGCAUGCAUGUGUAUGUGGAUUUAAAUAUAUACUUGGCGAGUGUGUGAGAUGUGCCGCUUUGUUACCCCACCAUCUGUUCCUUCUAAACGCUCCUUCGGGCAACCUGUUUGACCUCCAAAAGCUCCCCGAGAGACGGAAAUCAGGAUGAGCGAGCACUCCGGUGCGAGCACUCUGGCGGCCAUGACGCUGGAGGAACCGGGGGCCGAGCAGGCGUCCCCCAGAGCCCCGGGCCCCCUCCGUUGCGGCCCCUGCGCCGUGUGGCCUCGCCAGCAGAACUGGCUGUGCGCCGUCCCCUUGGUGAUGGGCUUCGUAGGCCUGGGACUCAGUCUCAUGCUGCUCAAGUGGAUUGUGGUGGGGUCCGUCCAAGACUAUGUCCCCACAGACCUGGUGGAUCCCAAAGGGAGCAUGGGACAGGACCCCAUUUUCCUCUCCAAACCCAGCGCCAUGCCCAAAGGGCCGGACAUUUCUACCGCCGCUUCCACCGCAGCCGCAGUUUCCACCACGACGCCGCUAGCCGCCGACGGGACCGCCCCGGCGCCCAGAACACGAUCGGCGGCGCCGGGGAACCGCUCCUCCGAAAACGGCGGCGACGGCAACCGAGCCCCGCACCUUCACACCCGGGUGGGCGGCUCAGCGGUGAAUGCGUCCACCACUCGAGCGCCCAGGCUCACCAAGGAAGUGACCCCUCGCGGCACGGUCAGGAAAGGAAGCGGCGUUGUCGGAGGGCGCCACGCCAAGCCGGGACAGACCCCCUCCACGACUUCAGCCACUACGACCGUCACGAUGAGGCUCACCACCAAGGUCCAGACGACCACCUCUCAGCCGGCGGCACCCCCAGUCAAGCCUACGUCUCGCUGGACUCACGGGCGCCAGGGAAAAGCCCCGGCGACACGACCGCACCAUCGCUUCAGAACACCAAUGGCUCCAACACAACCCAGCCUGCGGUCGGAGGUUUUCAAGCCUUGUGUGGAAGAUAAGGACAUGGCCUUUUGCCUCAACGAGGGCGAGUGCUCCAUCAUUGAAACCGUAGCCGGGGUCCAUCGACACUGCAGGUGUAAAGAAGGCUACCACGGUCUACGCUGUGACCAGUUCGUACCCAAGACUGACGCCAUCUUGUCCGACCCAAAGGAUGAACUUGGGAUCGAGUUUAUGGAGAGCAGCGACACUUAUCAAAGGCAGGUGUUGUCCAUCUUCAGCAUCGCCUCGGGGAUGUGUCUUCUCGGAGUGGCAUGUAUGGCGCUCUACCGACGCAACAAGAGGACCCGACAAAAACUCCAGGCUCACUUUUCUGAAAGUCGAAGUUUGAGGGAUUGCGGCAUCAACGCCUCCGGUCUGAUGUCUAAAUCGUCCACGAGAACACAGUACACCCUACAGAAAAGCUGUGGACCCCACGGCCGCGCCGCCAACGCCUCACCGAGAGCUUCGACGGUGUCGCCGCCCGUUCUGGGAAGAGUGCAGUUGAAGGGGAAACGCUUCAGGAGCAAUUCCCUCUCACUCAGUCCGGCGCUAAGACGCAACCAGACCAAUCAUUUCCGGACGCCGCCCGUUUCCAGAGGAAAGCUGAAACGGCCGUCUAAUCUGGUAGCGUCCGGACGAGUCUACAAGCACCUGCGGGAGGAGGAGCUAACAGAUGCUGAAUCCCUUCGGAGGUGCGAUCUGAGCGGGGGGAAGGUCGGCGCCUUUCUCAGCAGGACCAGAAAGGGAUGGACCGAGGUGCCUUGCACUCGCCUGGAUCAGGGGAGCGGCUUCCCUCCGCCCUCGCUGCGUACCCGUUCUGUUCCCAUCAUCCCCUCGCUGCAGGCGUGCGACCUUGAGGAAAGGCAUUUGGAUACCGCCGAAAUGACUGUCGACGGGGCGUUACAGCAGAAAAACCUUUCCGGUCCUGCGACCGAAUUCGGACAAAGCGACCGGUUUUCAGCCAGUGAGCCAACGGGCGCCGGGAUCAGAGGUUUAAAGACGUUGGCCCUCAAGAGCCCAAAGAGCCCCAUCUGCAGAGGUGGGACAAUCUGGCGGCCACGCGGACCGAUAUCGAAGGCCGUUCCAUGAACAGAUUGAACUGUGAAGGACAAUAAGUGAAAAUGACAUCAAAUCGUGAUGGGAAGUAACCCGAACAAGCACACAUUGUGAAUAAACUCAUAACAGGACAAAAAACUGUGACUGGGGAGAAAAAAAAAGGAAAAAAAAACACCACUAUUUAAAGGGAGCUUCUACCUAGAAACCAAAAUAGUGUGUCUAUAUGUUGUUUCUCUAUUGUAAAGAAAUGAAAUUAUACAGUAUAUGUCAUCUAAUAUAUGUCACAGACAUAUAUUUGACAUACAAUUGUGACAAAAUAAAGACUAAGAUAACAGUGUUAAUUCAAGACUAAGUGGAGUUAAUUUCACCUUCCUUAACCCAUCACCUAUACCAUAUUGACCAAGAGUGUAACAACACCAAGACUUUUUGGAGGUUGAGACAAGACCAGAAUGCCCAAUUGUGGUUGCAAGACAAAGACAGGUCUUGAAUGAAGUACAGGCUCUGGUAUUGACAGCCGCCUCACCGCCCAGUCGAGACAAGAUCAAAACCCUCAAUGUGGUCACCAGACUAAGAAGGCUUGAAUGAAAUAGAAGUUCUGGUUUUACAGCUGCCCCACCACCCAGUCAGAGAUCUGGUCAGUUCCAAGACUUUUGGAGGUUGAGACAAGACCAAAACCCUCAAAUGGGGUUGCAAGACUAAGACCAGUCUUGAAUGAAGUAGAAGUUCUGAUUUUGACAGCCGCCUGCUGCCCAGUCAGAGAUCUGGUCAAGACCAAGACUUUUCGCAGUCGUGACGAGACCAAAUACCUCAAUGUGGUCAUGAGACUAAGACAGGGCUUGAAUGAAGACGUAGUUCUGGUUUUGAUAGCCGCCCCGCGGCCCAGUCAGAGAUCUGGUCAAUACCAAGACUUUUUGGAGGUCGAGACAAGACCAAACCCCUUAUAGUCGCAAGACUAAGACCAGUCUUGAAUGAAGUAGAACUUCUGGUUUUGACAGCUGACUCACCGCCCAGUCAGAGAUCUGGUCAAGACAAAGACAUUUAAGAAUCGAGACAGGAUAGGGCUUGAAUGAAGUAGAACUUCUAGUUUUGACAGCCGCCCCACCGCCAAGUAAGAGAUCUGGUCAAUACCAAGGCUUUUUGGAGGUCGAGACAAGACCAAACCCCUCAAAUGUGGUUGCAAGACUAAGACCAGUCUUGAAUGAAGUAGACAUUCUGGUUUUGACAGCUGAGUCACCGCCCAGUCAGAGAUCUGGUCAAGACCAAGACUUUUAGCAGUCGAGACAAGACCAAAACCCUCUAUGUCGUAAUGAGACUAAAAAACAGGGCUUGAAUGAAGUAGAAGUUCUGGUUUUGACAGUCGCCCCACCGUCCAGUCAGAGAUCUGGUCAAUACCAAGACUUUUUGGAGAUUGGGACAAGACCAAACCCCUCAAAUGUGGUUGCAAGACUAAGACCAGUCUUGAGUGAAGUAGAGGUUCUGGUUUUGAAAGCCACCCUGCUGCCUAGUCAGAGAUCUGGUCAAGACAAAGACUUUUAGCAGUUGAAACAAGACCAAAACCCUCAAUGUGGUCACAAGACUUAGACAGGCCUUGAAUGAAGUAGAAGUUCUGGUUUUGACAGCUGCCUCACCCCCUAGUCAGAGAUCUAUGCCAAGACCAAGACUUUUUUUGAGGUCGAAACAAGACCAAACCCCUCAAAUGUGGUCGCAAGACGAAGACCAGUCAUGAAUGAAGUAGAAGUAUUGGUUUUGACAGCCACCCACCCCGCUGCCCAGUCAGGGAUCUGACCAAGACUCUUAGGAGUCGAAACAAGAAAAAAAACCUCAAAUGUGGUCGAAAGACUAAGACCAGUCUUGAAUGAAGUAGAAGUUCUGGUUUUGACAGCUGCCCCACCACCCAGUUAGAGAGCUGGUCAAGACAGACUUUUCAAAGGUUGAGACAUGACCAAAACUCUCAAAUGUGGUCAUAAGACAAAGACAGGGCUUGAAUGAAGUAGAAGUUCUCGUUUUGACAGCCACCCCACUGCCCAAUCAGAGAUGUGGUCAAGACCAAGACUUUUAGGAGUCGAGACAGAGCCAAAACCCUCAAAUGUGGGCACAAGUCAGAGACAGGGUUUGAAAGAAGGAUAGGUUCUAGUUUUGACAGCAACCCCACUGCCCAGUCAGAGAUCUGUGUUCAAGACCAAGACUUUUAGGAGUCGAGACAAGACCAAAACCAUAAAAUAUGGUCACAAAUCUAUGACUGGGUUUGAAAGGAAGAGAAGUUCUGGUUCUGACAGCCGCCUUACUGCCCAGUCAAAGAUCUGGUCAAGACCAAGACUUUUAGGAGUCAAGACAAGACCAAGACCCACAAAAUGUGAUCACGAGACUGAUCUCAACACCAAGACCUGUCUUGAAUAAAGUUAAGGUGCUCGAUCAACCGGAUAGUCCGAGCUCGGGAUGAGAACAAGACUUUUAGGAGUCGAGAUUGCGGAAAACCCCAAACCUUCUUAAUCCCGAGUAUGGUCUCCAGACCAAGACCAGUCUCGAGAAUUACAUAUAUAUGUCCACCACUAGCAAAUUUCCCUAAAAAAUAUUAGAGCCACUACAAAUGACUGGCAUUAGUUUCCAGUUUCUGACCUCAUCUCUGCCAUGUCAACAAAAUACUUCAACGACCAAAAAAACAAGACAUUUUUACAGCAUAACCGGCUUAUUAUGUUGAAACUGGCUCAUUUUUAUCUAAAGAUUUACUUGGCUGUUUACUUUCACACUUGAUGGUGUGAGCAGGCACUCAGGAGACCCAAUGAUUUUUUUAGCGCAUUGCCUUUGUCUAAA